AUGAGUCAAGAACGGUGUCAGGAUCGGCGGAGGAGGUUCUCCGUGAACCGCGUGGACACCGAAGAACAGCGGCAUGAUGCGGAGGACCCGUCGACGCCUCCUUCAGGUCUUGCGAACGAGCAAUGUGGCUCCCCGAACUCCAUACAUUCAGAGAGCGACUCCUUGACGUCUCCCACAGGGGUGAGCGUCACCAUGAGUGGCACUUUCAGGUCGCUGCGGCACCUGACCCGAGAGGCACUCCCCCGCCUCGACCACUACCGGAACCUGGCCAGCAUCGUCAGAGCUCCGGGCGGAGGGCAGAGGCCGACGCUGGACGACCUGCACCAACCUCCAGGCGACAAGAGGCAACGAGAUGAAGCGCCAAAAGGUUCAAAGGAAACGAGACGAAGCGCCAAAGGUUCAAAGGAAACGAGACGAAGCACUUGCGGUUCAGAGGAAACGAGACGAAGCACUUGCGGUUCAGAGGAAACGAGACGAAGCGCCAAAGGUUCAAAGGAAACGAAGCGCCAAGAUUUUGAAAGUUCAGAGGAACGAGAAAGCGAGACGAAGCGCAAAGGUUCAAAGGAAACGAGACGAAGCGCCAAAGGUUCAAAGGAAACGAGUUCACUUGCGGUUCAGAAGGAAACGAGACGAAAGCGCCAAAGGUUCAAAGGAAACGAGACGAAGCGCCAAAAGAUUCAAAGGAAACGAGACGAAGCACUUGCGGUUCAGAGGAAACGAGACGAAGCGCCAAAGGUUCAAAGGAAACGAGACGAAGCGCCAAAGGUUCAAAGGAAACGAGACGAAGCGCCAAAGAUUCAAAGGAAACGAGACGAAGCACUUGCGGUUCAGAGGAAACGAGACGAAGCGCCAAAGGUUCAAAGGAAACGAGACGAAGAGAUUCAGAGGUUCAGAGGCGAGGCACCGCACGAGGGUCUCAAGAAGGGCGUCCGGGAAUGGUUCCAGCUUUGGGAAGACCGGUGGGCUGGGUGCUGA